AUGGCCCCGAGGCCUCCGACGGCCAGGCACCAGGAAUCACUGACUUUUAAGGAUGUAGCUGUGAACUUCACCCAGGAAGAAUGGCACCACGUGGAUGCUGCUCAGAGGCGCUUGUACAAGGAUGUGAUGCUGGAGAACUAUAGCCACUUGGUUUCUCUUGGAUAUCAAGUUUCCAAGCCAGAGGUGAUCUUCAAAUUGGAGCAAGGAGAAGAACCAUGGAUAGCAGAGGGAGAAAUCCAAAGACCUGUCUGUCCAGACUGGAAGACCAGGCCUGAAGCCAAAUCUUCACAUCUGCAGCAGAGCAUAUCUAAAGUAUCCCUUAGCACAGAUGAGCUCUCACAUACCACCGGAGAAGAUGCUUGGGACCUUAGUGGCCAGUUAGAAAGGCAUAAGGAAAACUGGAAGAGACAUCUGGGGCCAGAUUCAUCCACCCAGAAGAAAAUAAUCACACCAGAGGAAACUUGUGAGCAAAAUACAUUUGGUGAAAACUGUAGAUUGAACACAGACCUGGUUACGCAACUGAACAUUCCUCCAGGGUCUAGUGAAUGUGAUACCCUUGGGAGCAAUUUGGGACAUAAUUCAGACUUACUUAAUCAGAAUAAUAUCCUUGCAAAAAAGAAACCUUAUAAAUGCAAUAAAUGUAGAAAAGCAUUUAUUCACAGAUCAUCUCUGACUAAACAUGAGAAAACUCAUAAAGGAGACGGAGCUUUUCCCAAUGGUACAGAUCAGGGAAUUUACCCUGGAAAGAAGCACCAUGAAUGUACUGACUGUGGGAAAACCUUCCUCUGGAAGACACAACUUACUGAGCAUCAGAGAAUUCACACUGGAGAGAAACCCUUUGAAUGUAAUGUGUGUGGGAAGGCCUUCAGGCAUAGCUCCUCCCUAGGUCAGCAUGAGAACGCUCAUACUGGAGAGAAACCCUAUCAGUGUAGUCUUUGUGGGAAAGCCUUCCAGCGCAGCUCCUCUCUCGUUCAGCACCAGAGAAUUCACACGGGAGAAAAACCUUAUCGAUGUAAUUUGUGUGGGAGGUCAUUUAGGCACGGCACAUCCCUCACUCAGCAUGAGGUUACACACAGUGGAGAGAAACCCUUCCAGUGUAAGGAAUGUGGGAAAGCUUUUAGUCGAUGUUCUUCUCUUGUCCAACAUGAGAGGACACAUACAGGAGAGAAACCUUUCGAAUGUAGCAUAUGUGGGAGAGCUUUUGGUCAGAGCCCAUCCCUUUACAAACACAUGAGGAUUCAUAAGAGAGGUGAGAAACCCUAUCAAUGUAAUGUAUGUGGAAAAGCUUUCAAAAGGAGUACGAGUUUCAUAGAGCAUCACAGAAUUCAUACUGGGGAAAAACCAUAUGAAUGUAAUGAAUGUGGAGAAGCUUUCAGUCGACGCUCAUCACUGACUCAACAUGAGAGAACCCACACUGGAGAGAAACCCUAUGAAUGUAUUGACUGUGGGAAAGCCUUCAGUCAGAGUUCAUCUCUCAUUCAGCAUGAGAGAACUCAUACUGGAGAAAAACCCUAUGAAUGUAAUGAAUGUGGGCGAGCUUUCCGAAAGAAAACCAAUCUGCAUGAUCAUCAAAGAAUCCAUACUGGAGAAAAACCCUAUGCUUGUAAGGAAUGUGGGAAAAACUUCAGUCGAAGCUCAGCUCUUACUAAACAUCUGCGAAUUCAUACACGAAAUAAACUCUAA